GGUGUGAACUGAGCAACCCUGGGUGUGAACUGUACAACCCUGGGUGUGAACUGAGCAACCCUGGGUGUGAACUGAACAACCCUGGGUGUGAACUGAGCAACCCUGUGUGUGAUUUAAUAAUCCCGGAUGUAGACAAUUCAGUCCUGGAUGUAGACAAAAUAGUCCUUGAUACAGACAAAUAAUCUGGAAUGUAUAAGCGACAGUCUUGGAGGUAAACUUCUCUUGUCUUGGAGGGCAUUUCAGGAUUUUCCUUGGAGUUUGCGUCACUGCAGUUGCAGAGAACAAUGAAGGCGUCCGAGGCAGGGAAACGUAAUAAGAUGGAGGUGUCAGCCGAGCAGGUGGAGCAGGCGGUGGUGGAGUUUUAUCGGGACCCUGUGUCCAAAAGUGGCCUUAAUGCUUGGUUAAUGCAGGCCCAACACUCACGCCACUCCUGGACCUUUGCCUGGCCACUGUUAGAUCCAAGAAAGCCUGAGGAGGUGCAGUUUUUCGCUGGGAACACCGUAUAUAUGAAGGUGUCCAGGUACUGGCACGAAGUUCCAAAGGAAGAAUAUGAACCACUGAAAAUUAAGAUUUUAAACCUUAUUGCACAAUAUAGUAAUUCUAAAGUAAUACUCAAUAGAUUAGUAAAAUCUUUAGGAGCAUAUGUUAUCCAUACAAUUCAGUCGGAUUGGACGACGGCAAUACAAGAUAUAAUUACUAUGUUCGAUCCAGGAACAGUAUCGGGCAUAGAACCAUCCACAGCAUUAAACCUGUUAUUUAGUAUACUUACUGUAAUACCUGAAGAACUUGAAUCUAUGCAAGAAGCCAUGAGUAUUAACAGUAAAGACAAGCAAAUUAUAACAGGUGCCAUCAGAAGUAGUCAUCAGUCAGUCUUGAGCCUGAUCUCCCAAGUGAUGCAGGCAGGACAGGUUAGCAAUGUGAUCAAGGAGGUGGUGCUCAAGACCUUAAAUGCAUGGCUCAAGCUCUCCCUCCCCCUCUCUGAGACGAGGGACCUACUAGUGGCUCUCAUACCAUACUCCAACUAUGCCCUUCUCUGUGAACCUGUGAUGGAUGCCAUAAGGACAGCAGUGACGGACGUUGGCACUUACAACAUUCCCAACACAGUGAUGGAUUUUGUCACGCAAAUGCUUGGUCUAACACCUGUGUUGGAAGAAGCACAACAUGCUAACGAUGAAAACACAGCAUCAUUGGUGUACAGUCUUUUUACCUCAGUGGUUGAGUGCCAUUCCCGGUUACUACUACAGUGUGCACUCCAAGCUGAGCAUCAAGCGACAGUGGUACAGGUUGUGGCUCUCCUCCUCCAGUGUGCAGCUACCCCUGGCCAGUAUCCCACUGAUGAGACUACCUCAAACAUUCCUUUUGCUGUAUGGUUCACUAUCCAGGAUGAUAUUAUGACCUUUGAGGGAGAGCAGCAGGCUGAGUUGCUAACGCUUUUCCAACCAGUGUACCUGAAAUUGGUGGAUACUUUUAUACAAAAAUCUUUGUUGCCGCCUGAUAAUGCACUAACAUCAGAAGAGAAGGAAAUGUUUCGUUGUUACCGGCAAGACAUCUGUGAUACUUAUAUGUAUGCCUAUUAUGUAUUAAGAGGAGACAUGUUAAGCCACUUAGAAGUUCAUCUUAAAGAUGCUGUAGUAAAAAUGCAGAAUGAUCCCAGUGAUUGGCGAUAUUUAGAAGCUGUUCUACAUGCAUAUUCUUCAGUGGCAGAAACUGUUGCUGAGACAGACAACUUCUACGUGCCACGGUUUAUUCAGAGCAUACCUCAGAUACCUUUCUCUGACAACAUUCAGCUAAUAUCUGUGGCACUAACAACACUAGGAGCAUAUGCAGAUUGGUUGAACUACCAUCAAGACCACAUGCACCAUGUGAUCCCUCUAAUGGUGGAAGGGUUGGUCAAUGCUUCACUGGUUGGAGCAGCAUCACAAGCCCUUCGUGAUUUAACACUUGAGUGCCCCCUCACCAUUUCCCCCUUUUCACAGCCCAUACUGACUAGUUGCCAAAGAGCUUUGGAACAGAGUCGGCUGGACAGUGCAGAAACUGAGCGUAUCAUGACAAUAAUAAGCCGAGUACUCUCAGUGGGCAAGGACCAGCCUACUAUCAUGACCUACCUCAACGCUACCCUCACACCAUAUAUUUCUCGUCUUAGUCACCUUAAGGAUCUCAUGGGAAGUGGUUUGUCUCGAGAACAACACAAUGAAUUGGUUUCUCUCCUUAAGUUAUUAUCUUGCCUGUCUCGGCAUCUUAACCUCAAUAAUUCAGCCGUGGAGGAAGAUGAUGAUGAGGACGGAACUACACGGAGACAUUCACAGGUAGUGAGUGGAGCUCCCCAGCCAUUGUUGUUGGUCUUGCAACAGCUGAUGCCUCUCUUGUCUGAUAUUGCAUCCAAAGCCACAACAGACCAGGAAGUCAUAGAGGCUCUCUGUAAACUUCUAAAAAACAGCAUUAGCACUCUGGUAGAUGAUUGUGUAGCCAUCUUACCAGCAAUCCUAGAAAUUAUACCUCAGCUUUAUGAAGCAUCCCUCAACCCAGCAAUAUUAGAUUUAGUUAAACAGCUUGUUAUACUGUUUGGGCGAGAAGGCAGCCAAGAAGCAAACAUGGGAGUUUUGUUACGAAUGGUCACUUCGACAACCUUGAGUAGAGCUUCAGCAGAUUUGUGGAACCAUACUGAUGCUGUCCAUGGUUGUCUUACGCUUCUUACUGCUACAUUCAAGAAAACUCCUCAUCUAACAACGGCUAACCAUAACCAUUUAGCACCAUUAUUCCAUCUCGGUGUAGAAGCCCUCAAAUUACCUGAAGAAGGAACAGUUCGAAGUGCAGGUCAUUUCUUAGCUGGCUUUAUCAAUUUUAGCAGAGACCCAGCAGGAGGAUGUCUGCAGCCAGUUGUAGCUCACAAUACAGAAACUCUCGUCAGAACGCUCAUGUUUUGUAUAUGUAAUUCACCCCGCCAUAGCCUGAGUAGCUUCAGUGAUGUUUUAAGUGCACUAUGCAAAAUGUAUGGAGAUGAUCUUGCUCGCACUUUCAAGACUGUACAAGCUGAUGAAACUUUCUUGUUACCACGUGUUACUGCGCAACAAAAGGAAGAUUUUGCCAAGAAGGUUUUAAAGAAUCGUGGAAGCAAGCGUAAAAUCCUUGAAGCAGUGACAGACUUGGCGCUGAUUGGCCGAGGUCUAGCUGGCACAGAUUAUGGAGCUCAAACUCGUGGAUUCCACUGACAAGUUGCCUUCAUCCUUCUCACCCUUAACUGUUAUGGAGUCUACUUGUUGUGCUUGAAUGGUUUAUCUGCCUAAGUUUUCGUGUUCUGGAAUAUGUUACUUGCAAAGUUAAAUAUUUCAUCUCCAAGUAAGUCGUCACCUAAUACAAAUCAUAUAAAUUUAUUAUUUUAUUGGGUCAUAUACAUAACUGUUGUUAUGAAUUAUAGUGAUCAAGGUUGGGUGAAUAUAAUGUAGUUUGUUUGCAAGGCAAGCCUUUCCUUCAUAUUUAGAGAAUGGCAGUGUAACAUAUUUUUGAGCAAGAAAAAGUUGUUACAAAUUGUGAGUAUUUAUUUUUACUUUCAGAUCAUUUUAGACCUAUCAUGGCAAGAGCAAAGCCUCCUCUCACAGUAUUAAGUCAUUAAAAUGACCAAGGUCAGGGAAUAGAGAAGGAAUUUUCACUCUCAAUCAUGUUGAAGUUUACUAUUUAAACUUAAAAUAGCAUUAACCUCUUAAAGAAAUAUAAAAUAUUAAAAUGACAAGGAAAAA